CGAUUCCAUAGAGCGACGACUUUUGACCAAGUCACAUCAACUGUGCUGAGUAGUUCGCGACGCCAUCCUGCUCGCAGCCAUGAGCGGCAUGCGCGCCCACAUCGCCAGCCGCUUGCGCAGCUCCUCGCUUUCGGCCGUGCCGCCUUCUCGACAGAGCUCUGAAUAUUCUGGAGACCUAGCUAAAAUUGCAGCUUCUGUUCUCUAUCGCUCUCCACUUCCCUCCAAAGAAGGUAGACCUGUCUUUAUCCUCAACGCUGCCGCUCUACCCGACUCCCACGAAGCUGACUACGACACUCUACUCCCUUACGUCCUCGCACGCCUACCGGAAGAAGACGACUUACUGAAGGGCUUUGAAUAUGAGGUCGUCUUCUUUGCCGGCGAUGGCGACAUGUCGGCCACGUCGAAGAAACACAGGCCUGGCUGGGGUUGGUUUCUGCAAGCGUACCAUGUCCUGUCGAGGGCUAUGCGGAAGAGGCUCCAGAGGCUGUACAUUGUGCACGAGAAAGCGUGGGUGAGGAUCCUGACGGAGAUAUUCUCCACCAUCGUUAGCCCCAAGUUUAGGAGGAAGAUCUAUCAUGUCUCGAGCUUAACUAGCCUUGCCCUCCAGAUUCCUAUCGAGAAUCUCCUCAUUCCUCCCUCUACGUACCUCACGGACCGCCGCAUUUCCGACGACAUCUUCGUGCCUUUUGCCAGCGGCAAACGGGCCUUCGCCGCCCGCAACCCUUUUCCCACAAGCAGCAAUGGCAAGACACGCUUUCCCCGCGUUCUUAGGGAGUCCACGGGCUUUGUGCUCUUGGAGCCGAACAUCACAUCCGAAGGCAUCUUCCGUAUCCCUCCAAACUCGAAGCUGCGAGAUGUCCUAAAGGAAGCGUACGACAGGGGCCAGAAAUACAUCAUCUGGAAGGAUAACGGGGUUACACUGCCCAUACCGCCGUAUCCAACUGCGGAGCUCCAGGAUGACAUACUUGCUGAGGUGGACCCGAAAGACGGCUAUUCAGUCUUCAUGGCUGCGGCGCUGAUCAAAGCGUGGUACGCGUCAUUGCGGCAACCUCUCUUCCCCACGGAGUCGUAUCGCGAUCUGAAGAGGUUAUAUGGAGAUGUUCAGAAUGUUCCCGACCUUGACCAGCUGACGGACUUGUUUUCUCCAACGUCCGAGUGGUCUCUCCUGCCUGGCAUCUCUCGCCAGAUUAUCGUUAGACAUUUGUUGCCACUCUUGAAUACGGUUGCUGCUCGACAAGAGCAGAAUAAGAUGACAGCCGAGAAUUUGGCUGUCUGUUUUGCGCCUGCGCUGCUGUGUGGACCAGACCACAUUGAAGACGCGAAGAUGUCUUCCAUCAUUAGGAGGAUAUUCACACGAGCGAUUGACAUGUGGUCAGAGGGACUCCGAGAAGCAUGUGGGCAGAGGGCGAGCGAUUUUGAGGUGGAGUUGAAGUUGCCAAAAGACGAGUCCGACUGGGAUGAUCCGGUAGAGGGAAAGAGAAGCUCAGCGGACGACAGAGAGUCAUUGGAACAACAAGCGAGCGGUAUCACACUCCAAGACAAUGAGAAGCUGCCUGUGUACUCCGAGUCACGCUCAAACGAAGGAGUACCACCUCCGCUACCGCCGCGCACCCGAAUACCAUCCGCAACAUCCUCCACCGACUCCACCAAACGAAAACCCGCGCCUCCGCUAGUCGUGCCCCCCAGGUACUCGACAGUCAUUUCAGACGCCCCUGAACACGUCGCAGAAUCGCCGUUAACCUACGCUGCCACCACCGACGGGUUUGCCCCACGACGAGAAGAUGACCAACAGGGACCCCCACUACCUCCACGGUGGGAUUCAGUGAAGGAUGAGAAGAAGUCUGGUACGAGCAAUCCAGUUUCAGUUUCAGCUUCUGCUCGAUACCAUGUUCAGGAUGAUCCUCAAUGUCCUGUUUCUGCUUUCGCAUCUAAACUCAACCUUCCAAAGAGGAAAACCCUGACUGCAACACAGAUUGAUAACGUAGAGAAAUCGGUCGUUACACCAGUCGACGUGGAUAAAGCGUCUGAAAUCCACGGUUUAGGUCCGGGGCAUAUGGUACAAGGCGGAUUUGCCCUCCCUGGUCUCGUGACGAAACACAACAGCAACACUGGGGUGAAGAGGGCCCCUUCAUUCACAUAUACAGGGAGUGAGACGUUGUCUCCCGUUCCAUCAAGCGCCGUCUCAGCACCAGCAUCCGCUUCUCAGUUCCGUCGCCCUAGUAUCCCCGCCUCUGCUUCCCGCACACCGAGCAUAACCUCUCUCGCGCGCCCCGUGUACCCCGGAGCACAGCAUAACUCCGCAAACCCAACUGCCAAUCGCCCAGCGUCCAAAUCGACAAGUCUCCCCGCUCCUGGUCCCAUGCCAAGGCUACGCGCCCCAAGUGCAGCGCUACUGUCACGCAUGCCGAGCUUUGAAAAGAGUCAACAACAGGAAGAGCAACCGUGUCCAGUGAGGAAGAUGUUUACGCCGAAAAAGUUGAAUCUCAAGAAGCAGUCUGUGGAGGAUUUGAGACGGUUGUAUGAAGAGCGGGCGGGAACGGCGAGUGCGCUUAUUGAGGCUGGGCGACAUCGGUAUGCUUGA